AUGACCAACGAAACCACAUGCACGUGCAGCACCCCUCUAUUUGGCGGGGCCCUAGUUGCAGCUCUCCCACAUGGACUCCUUGACGCCUCCAAUAUCAGGCCCGUUCCUGACAACCAGGAGGUGUUUAUAGCAACCGCCACCAACAACCAAUUACAACAAUCAAAUGCAACAUCGACGCAAUCGACGCAAUCGACUCAAUCGUCAAUUACUUCUGUUGUUAUUGACAUACUAGAACAGCCAUGUGGCGCCGACGCGUCGCCGACCGCCGUCGUGCGUGCGCACGUGACCGAGAUACUUCGACUAGCGGGGACAACCGAUAUUGAGCAACUAGUUUCUACGCUCGCCGUUACCGAGAUCCAGCCGCCGCUCGACGCGAGGGUCGUUUUCGGGGGUGCCGCGCAUUUGCCACAGAUGAACAUCACAGUGCUCGUCCUAAGACUUGGAGAACCGCUCUCAGCGGAUAUUGUCGUAACUCUCUCCGGUGGUACUCUUUCCGACGCGUCGGCAGUGGCCCAUUCAUUCAAAGUUGUUCACAAAUCUCUCUUUGGAGUGUAG